AAACAAAGGAAAUAUGGAAAGAUAAAGAGCCAAAGGAGCCUUGACAAAAGCAAUCUAACCAUCAUCUCUCUUCCUCCACACUUUGCUUUGCAAUCAAGCACGUCUGAUUCCUUCACCACACUUCAUAAACCCACCCAUCAAGCUGAAGUCGAGCUCUUUGUCUCUCACCACUCCUCUUCCCUUCUCCCUCUUUCAGUCUCCCAGUUCACUUCCUACUUUGAUCCCCAUCAAUUUCUGCGCUGCGAUUUCUUCAUGGCCGCUUCCGACAACCAACAAUCUUGGGUUCCGUAUGUGCCGACUAGAGAUUGCUCUAUGGGCUUCUGUAGCAUCUACUGUCCGCAGUGGUGCUACGUCGUCUUCCCACCCCCUCCCCCUGUUGAAUUCACCAGCGACAACUCCGGCCUCACCUUCUCCCCCCUCGUGAUCGUCAUCAUCGGUAUCCUCGCCGGCGCCUUCCUCCUCGUCUGCUACUACGCCAUCGUCUCCAAGUACUGCGGCACCUUUGACUCGCUGCGACGGUGGCUCGAUCCGCCCGGCACAGAUAACCGCGAGGUCGACGAUGGUAAUGUCGGACAAUCUCGCCGCCAUGAAGCUUGGCAUGCUUCCCCGACGAACGGGCUCGACGAGAUCUUAAUCAAUAAGAUUGCGGUCUACCAGUAUCGGAGAGGCGAUGGCAUGGUGCAGGGCACCGAUUGCGCCGUUUGCCUCAGCGAGUUCCGGGAGGAUGACAGCCUUCGGUUGCUCCCCAAGUGCAGCCACGCCUUUCAUCUCCGGUGCAUCGACACGUGGCUGAAAUCGCACUCUAAUUGCCCCCUCUGCCGUGCCAGUAUCGUAACAGUCAAUCCAGCGUUGCCGCCGCAGUCGCCGUCCGCUCCAGAGUCUCAGAACAACCCUGAGGUCGAAGAAGCUGCACAAGCUGAUGUGACAGUUCUGGUUAUAGAAGAUCUAGUCGUCAAUGCAGAAGAGGAGACAGAUCCCGGAAGCAGUCGCGAUGCAGCAAAGGAUCCUUGUUCACAGAUCUACCGUGAUUCGAGAGGGGUAGAAGAGACGGACGCAAUAGUUGAGAUCAGAGACGACGACAUCCAACCGAUGAGGCGAUCGUCCUCGAUGGACGCUUCGUGUUGCGACCGGGUUUCGAUCGCCGACGUAUUGCAAAUGAGCAUGGAGGAUGAGUUGCUAGCUGCAAAGGAAAACGGGCUGUGGGUGGCUACCAGCUCCUCGAGGCGUGCAGCGGGAGAUCACAGCAAGGUCAGGAGAUCGCAAGAGAUCAGGGGAUUGCAUGGUGUUAUGAGCGCAGUGCCGAUGAAAAGAUCAUUCUCCAGCGGGAGGUUCUGCUUAACCAAGCAAGGAAGGCGAAGGAAUGGUCUUCAGGUACAAGAAGCUGCCGAAUGAUCUUUUGUGGAAGAACUCCCCAUUGUUGAGUUGGACAUGAGAGAAACAUGGUGAUUCUUGGGCGAAUAAUUCUGGUAAGAGCUCCCUGGUUGUUCUGUAUACAUGCUUCGGUUUGAGUGGCUUCGAAUUCGUUCAACACAGCCAUGCUUGGUCUCCAUGUUGUGUCUUUGUUUCUUCUCUUUGCUUUCUUGCUCUUAUUCUGCUUCAUACGACUUCGACCUCGCGCACGGCCUUCUGGCUUCAUCUUUGGUUUUGUUCAUUGCAAGUUAUAGGUAACUCAGAAAAGAUGAUCCUUUGUACGAAAAGGAAAUUGUGGAUAAUUACCUGGUGUUUGAUGUA